GGGAUCGGGCGCCCAGCCAAUGGGAAGGCGGCCUUGGGCGCGACCGCGCUGGGAUUUCCAGAAGCUCGAGCGGCUGUGGCUUGGCGUUUCCUCGUCGCGUCUUCGUCCUCGGCUAGGGUAGCCUGAUGCAAGGAAGCGGUUGCCAUGGCAGCAGCAUCACCUAGCAGCAGGCCACGCAGCCGGGCCGGCAGCAGCGGCUCCCUGGAGGCCGCAUACAAUGCGAGGCCACCGCGGCCGCCCUCGGCCAAAGGCCGUGUGCGCCCGUCCUCAUCUCACGCCGCCGGUGGCGCGGCAACCCGUGGCAGCAUUGGCGGCGACGGCCUCACCGAUGGUUCCGCUGUUGCGUCAUCUCCCCCUUCCUCUCCUCCUGGGUGGUUCCCACCAUCGACACCGCGCUCCGAGCUGGCGGGUGGCCGGGCUACCCCGCGGCCCCCCUCGGCCGCCCCUCGGCCUCCAUCAGCCCGGACCUCCUACGUGGGGGGCGGUACUCCCGUGGUCCAGCGGCCCACGCUCAACCGCUACUCCGUGCUGCCCGCCAUCCGGGGCGGCCGCAGCACCGACGAUGGAGAUGAAGGGGAUCCCGACGAAAGUCGCCACCAACACGACGCCGAGGCCGGCAUUGAUGCACUGAGCCUGAGGGGCGACGAGGAGCCCAGACCGCAUGGUCGCCCUCUCUAUCGGCAGCAGCAGCAGCAGCAGGAUCAUCAGCAGCAGGAUCAUCAGCAGCGGGACGAAAAGGAGAGCGGGAACCCAGUGCCAGGCCUUUCGUCACCAUCGCUAUUGCUGGCUGUGCGUCUGCCGUCAGGAGAGCGUGUCGAGCGGCACUUCUCCCCGGACGAGACACUGUCCGCGGUUCUGGCGUUUGCGCUGUCGCGGCGAGGCAACGACGGGCAACGGGGGGAGGAGGAGACGGCAGUUGUGGGGAGACGGCGCUGGGUGGUGGGAGCCGGACGUGCACGUUACACCGACCUGACCCGUUCGCUGCGAAGCUGCGACGUGCGGGACAGGACACUGCUCUAUCUGUUCUUGGAAGAGGACGACUGAGGGUAUGCGGUGGUGAAGAAGGAAAACUAAACAACCACCAUUGCGAAGGUUUUUUGCAGUUGUGCUGUAUAUAGUUCGCAGACGUGUUUUUGUGCAGCAUAUCUGACGUUCCACUCCACAUACUGCGAGCUUCUUAAGUUCGUCUUUGGGGGAUGAGAAAUGAUUGCUUAUUCAAUUAUCAAAGAAUCUUCUUGGGUUCACGACGAAGCUCCCAGCACGUGGAGAAAAAUGUCAGACGUCAUGCCAAACAACACGCGCGAGAACCCGAAAAUACAUUGGAGGGCUAAGACACCGAGCACCAUUACCGCCGCCCUCCCCAGCGUGUGUCGAUGCAGGCACCAGACAAGCUGGGUUGUGGCCACCCACAAGGUGCUGAAGCCUUGUUCACAUUUACAGUACUUUAAAAAGAAAAAAAAUUCAAGAUAAUUGCCAAGGUUGACGAUUGCCCUCGCAAUUCAAACUCAUACCGUUUGAAAUAUCGUUCCGUUCGUCGCGUUGGGUGACCGCGGCAUCUCUCGAGACUCUUUGCAGAGAACGCAAGCCGUGUGGGCAGUGUCGCGCUUUGGUUACCGCCACGGGCAUUUGGUACGACGACGAGCGAGGGGGCAGAGAAAUGAUAGAAUGGUUGUGCUGUGUACAUAGCGGUGAAAGGAAUCUAAACAAAAAAAAUAUCGUUAGUUACAAAUUUUUCAAUCUCUUAUUUUUUAUGCGAUUGUUUACUCUGAAAUAAAUUUUACACGAUAAUGCUUCUAAA